GAAACCAUGUCGAGAACUAUCGAGGCUGCCAAAGUCUGUCGGCAGGCCCACGUCACUCAACGUAUGUUCUGGUUGUUAUUUCUCUUGUCGCUAUGUAUGAGCAAUGUCUCAGAGACGCGGUACUACACCCACAACCUUACUGCCGGGUUUCAACCCCAACCCCAAGUAUGCGUUAGACCCAACCCAUCCAUCAGCGAAUCUUCCCAUUCGUGCAUUUCCAUACUACUUGUGCCCCGCGUUUUCCAUGCAGGCUGUACAUAAAGCUGCCCUCAUCAAGGAUGACUGGCAGCCUCCUCCAGUUUCGGAGAAGCACCGCAAGAGGGAGGACCAGCUGGACCUUAGUCUCGUUUUCAAGAUUUCCAAAAAGAAUACACACAAACGGACAACUCUUCGUAGAAGGCUGUCAAGGAAAUUGUCGGCUGUUAUUUCACUUGUCCUUACUAAGGGUGCGGACGUAGAUUCCCCGAAAGCACCCUUUCGGGACAGUAAAGUUUCCUCUCCAAAUCGUCUUUCCUCGUUGACAUUCAACGCUACCACUGCUUCACCGCCUGUACUCGCAGACUGGACAUACGUUAUCACCCCAAAGCUCGAAGUCUAUCGUCUGCCAUAUACAAACCUUGUCACGUACAUCCGGAAAGCUCUUGGUCAACUUUAUUUCCAGGCAAGGAACCUGGAGGAAACAUGGAAAGACAAACUUUCCGCAGACCAACCGAUGAGACCGGCCGAGCACAACGUCACUUUGAAUGACGUCUCACCGAAAUACAGCAAUCCAUCGGGAGUUACUCCGCAUGUGCGGAGCGUUGAAUUUAACACAUCGGAGAGAAUCCAACCACUUGAGCGUGACAAGGAGUCGGGUUUUACAGAAAGUUCAUUAAUGUUGGAACAAGUCCGCCCCUCAGAGCGAUCAGCCGAACGAGGCAGACCCAGAAUGCAUGGGACCCGAAUGAGGUGGGAGCAAAGCCUAUCGACAACACAAUCAGAGAAGAGUCGUAUAGUCUCACCUCGGCGUGACGUGCCUCAGCUAGUCUUCCCAUCUCAGCCACUAGCGAACCUCUCAGAAGACUCUGAGGACCCGCUGAUAUUACUAGAUGAAUCAGGAGAAAUUACUUCAACGAGUGGAGAGACGUGGUUAAGGGAUUCCCCGACUUCCCAUCUCGGAUUACCAGCUAGAUUCGCAGACCUCUCCUGGAGGGAGCUCGAUAACGCGUCAAGAAUCACUUCUCAACGCAAAGUUUCCCACGCCGAAGGGGAACGGCGUUCGUCCUCAGCAUCCCGGGAAGCAUUGACCACACCGAAACCGAAUGGGGAUGUGUCUGACGAAGGAGCGGUCACUAGCAGUGUAAUGAGCCGCAUUUUUACCUCCAAGCCCAUUUUCCUUUCGGACUCAUCGAAGAACCGUGGCAACGGUAAAUCAAAGUGACGUCUUCUUGACCACGCUCACUUCCUGACCAUACCAUUGACGAUGAAGUCCCAAGUUUCAAAUCGACGAGUGCCACGAAUUCGCAUCUUCAUGAUGCCCCAUUACAUAGACUGGAGGCAAUGGCAAUCCUGUAGUACGGAAGCCGACGACCUAUAUAGGCGGUGUCGUGG